AUGAAGAAGAUAAACAAUCUUCCAAGGGAUUUAGCGGAGGAGGUCCUCUCUAAGACUCCAUUGACAUCUGUGAGAAAAGUCCGUUCAACUUGCAAGAAGUGGAACACUCUAUCCAAAAACAGCUUCUUUGCAAAGAAGCACAUUGGUCAAGCAGCCAAAGUAGCAGAAGCAAAGGACGAGUUUACGAUGGUCAUGAUAAUUGAUUUUAGGGUUUACUUAACGAGAAUAAAAUUUUCAAGCAACGUUGAAUCAUGUAUAAUAAAGCAUGAAGCUAAACUCGAUUCAGACCUAAUCGAUGAGGUACGCCAAGUCUUUCAUUGCGACGGUUCAUUGUUAUGCAUCUCGAAAGACGACAAUAAGCUCGUCGUUUUUAACCCUUAUUGGGGUCAAACCCGUUGGGUCGAGUCCACACAUAUAGAUAUAGGAUCACUCCUUGAGGUGUUCAAAAUAUACGACUUUAGCUCUGAUUCGUGGAGGGUUCUUGACGUCACUCCGGACUGGAAUGUGCAGUUGUAUCGCCGCGGCGUGACUCUCAAGGGAAACACCUACUGGUUUGCUUCCGAGAGGAUUUUAAAAGAUACAGCAGAAUUGGAAUAUAGUUUCUUGGUCUGUUUUGAUUUCACAAGAGAGAGAUUUGGACCGCGUUUGCCUCUGCCAGUGACUCUAUCUAUCGUCAGAGGAGAGCAGCUCGCGGUUUUGUUUGAGCCGUGGGGUCACUUCAAGGUGGAGAUUUGGGUUAUGAGCCCGACGCAGUGUCGUAGCAAAGCAAAGUGUUCUUACGAGUGA